AAGUUGACAGAUAUAAUACUAAUAAUAAGGACAAUGAGAAUAAUAUGAAUAAUAAUAAUAUAGAUAAUAAUAAUACCAAUAAUAAUAUUAGUUAUGACUCUAAUUAUAGUAUUGAUAAUCCAACUACUAAACAAAUAAACUUAUUAAUUAAUAAAAUUUAG